AUGGCAUACUCGGAAAACGACGUACCUCCAAAACAAGCAGUGUCAAAGACAGUAUACCUGGAAGGAAAAUCGACAACGAUAUGCUUUAUCAAUGGUGUCGAUUCAAGGCACAAUAGCAACCACGCGAUAGUAUUGCAACGCGUACGAGAAUUCGGACUCAAAAUACUGCCAGACAAAUGCGAAUUCCUCAAACCAGAACUAGAAUAUCUCGGACAUAUAGUAACCGCCGAAAGUGUAAAGCCAAAUCCCAAAAAAUUAGAAGCCGUUAACUUUACAAAACAAUUCACAUUAACGACCGACUACAGUAACGAAAGCAUAGGUGCUAUCUUAUCACAGGACGGACAUCCAUGUUGUUAUAUCUCACGAAAUCUAAAUCCACCGCAACGAAAUUAUUCCACAACUGAAAAAGAACUUUUAGCAAUCGUAUGGGCCGUGAAACGUUUCCGACAAUAUCUGUUUCUGGAAAUUCCCUAUUCGAACCGACCAUCAAGCGCUAAAAUGGCUACAAAACUGCAAAGACCCCUCACCACGCCUGAUGAGAUGACGACUAAAAUUAGAGGAAUACGAAUAGGUAUAGGCGACGACAGUUUCACAGAAACCGAGAAGAACGCGAUCAAAGGAAUUUUAUUAUUCCUGAACGUUACCGCGAAAGAAUUAAGUCUUGCAUGGAAACCAAUCCAAACAUAUAGCGACGAAGAAGUAGACGAAUUAUUAAGAGAAAAUCACGAUUUAGUAGGAGACCCCGGUAUACAAAAGACAUACGACCGCAUUCGUGAACGCCACAGAGUACCAGAUUUGAUGAAACGCACACAACAACACGUAGAAUCAUGCGACACCUGCCAAACAUCUAAAACUACACGUAUCAGACCGCGUGAAGAGUCUUGUAUCACUGACACGCCCCUCGAACCAAACGAUAAAAUUGCUAUGGACUUAUUAGGCCCAUUGAAAAAGACAAAGAAUGGUAAUCAGUCGACACUCCUCUUUGCCGGAAUAGUAUCCGCGCAAAUAAAUAUUACACCAUUAGAAGGAAACUCUGUAUUCGUAGAAUACAUAAGAAAAGGAUAUUUGUAUUGCGAUAAUGCCAAUAUUAUUGAAGGAUUAGACACUAGCGACAUGUACGAGCAA